UCGGCCAAGCUCUGGAAGCAGCGAAAAGAGUACAUCAAGAUGUGGUGGAGGCCCAAUGAGAUGCGUGGAGUUGUGUGGUUGGAGCAGAGGGUGAAGACUGAACCCGGUGAUGAAAAUUCCUUACCCUUGUUGAGGAUCUCCGGUGACACUUCAAGGUUCAAGUAUAAGAAUCCAAAGGGGCAUAGAUCGGCGAUUAGAAUCUCACGCAUAGUGUCUGAGACUCUGAGGCUUGGGAUGACAGAUGUGAGGUGGUUCGUGAUGGGGGACGAUGACACCGUUUUUGUGGCAGAAAAUUUGGUGAAGGUUUUGCAGAAGUAUGACCAUAACCAGUUCUAUUACAUUGGGAGUUCUUCAGAGAGUCAUUUGCAGAAUAUAUACUUUUCUUACAAUAUGGCUUAUGGGGGUGGUGGUUUUGCCAUCAGUUAUCCUUUGGCUGUGGCAUUGGAGAAAAUGCAAGAUAGGUGCAUUCAGAGGUACCCUGGUCUGUAUGGUUCUGAUGACAGAAUUCAAGCUUGUAUGGCAGAAUUAGGAGUUCCUCUCACCAAGGAGAAAGGCUUCCAUCAGUUCGAUGUGUACGGCAAUCUCUUUGGGCUUCUGGCGGCCCAUCCACUUACACCGCUGGUGUCCCUACAUCACUUGGACGUAGUAGAGCCCAUAUUUCCAAACGUGAGCCGGGUGCGGGCUCUGAAGCGGCUGAACGGGCCCAUGAAGCUGGACCCAGCCGGGCUCAUGCAGCAAUCUAUUUGCUACGACAAGGGCCGGACCUGGACCGUAUCCGUUUCGUGGGGAUACGCGGUUCAAAUAUUCCGGGGCAUUUUCUCGGCCAGGGAAAUGGAGAUGCCGGCGAGGACGUUCCUCAACUGGUACAGACGGGCCGAUUACACGGCGUACCCGUUCAACACCCGCCCUGUCAGCCGCCAUGUUUGUCAGAAACCUUUUGUCUAUUUCUUGUCAGAGGCAGUGUAUGACAGUGCUGCCAAUGAAACUUCAACUCAUUACAUUCGGGUUCAGGAAAACCCCGAUUGCAAGUGGAAAAUGGAGGAUCCGACCCGGAUCAAAUCGGUUGAAGUUCGUAAGAAAAUCGACCCGCAUUUGUGGGAUAAGGCUCCAAGAAGAAAUUGUUGUAGGGUUCGACGCACGAAGAAGAAAGAAACUAUGGUGAUUGAUGUUGGGGAAUGCAGGGGAGAUGAAGUUGUUGAAUUGUAGUUAUAGAUCCUUUACAUCAAUUCGUCAUUCUUAACUCAAUCCCUUGGUAUAUGUAUUUUUUUCUUCUUCUACUUUAUAUAUAAUCAUUUACUUUCGGCGUUUUUUCG